AUGGAUAUUGUAGCAAGGAAGAAGAAGUUCGCAGAAGUUCUUGAAGAUUGGGAACUUGAAUAUGGACCUCACAGGUUCAAAUAUAAAGAUCUUUACAUCGCAACUAAAGGUUUUUAUGACAAGAAGCUUCUUGGUAUAGGUGGUUUUGGUAAAGUCUAUAAAGGUGUAUUACCCACUUUGAAAGUAGAAGUUGCAGUGAAGAGAGUAUCACAUGAUUCAACACAAGGGGUGAAGGAAUUCAUUGCUGAGAUCAUCAGCAUCGGUAAAUUGCAGCAUCGAAACGUAGUAACACUCUUGGGUUAUUGCCGAAGUAAAGGAGAGCUCCUUCUACUCUAUGAUUUCAUGCCAAAUGGGAGUUUAGACAAGUUCCUCUUUGAUCAUCAAUCCACAACAAACAAGACAACAUUGAGUUGGAAUCAAAGAUUUCAAAUAAUUAAAAAUAUGGCAUCUGCAUUACUAUAUCUUCAUGAAGAAUGGGAACAAGUUGUGGUUCAUAGAGACAUCAAGUCCAGUAAUGUCAUGUUAGAUGGGGAGCUGAACGGAAGAUUGGGAGAUUUUGGACUCGCAAAAUUAUAUGAUCAUGGAGGGGAUCCCAAAACCACCCAUGUGGUGGGGACCUUCGGUUAUCUUGCACCAGAAUUUGCAAGAACUGGCAAAGCAAAUCCUAGUGUGGAUGUGUUCGCAUUUGGGGUCCUUUUGCUGGAGGUUGCUUGUGGUAGAAGGCCUAUAGAGGCACAAGCAUCAGAAGAGUGUCUUGAAUUGGUGGAAUGGGUGAUCUCAAGUUGGAACAGGGGCGUAAUUCUUGAAACUGUGGAUCCCAAAUUGGGGUCGAAAUAUGAAGUGGAAGAAAUGGAAUUAGUGUUAAAACUUGGAUUGCUUUGCUCUCAAUCUGAUGCCACUGCAAGGCCAAGCAUGCGAGAAGUUAUCCGAUAUUUGAAGGGAGAGUUUCCACCACCAGAGCUGCCACCUCUGGUUUCAGAAAAUACAGAUGAAGUCUCUUUUUGGUGUCCUUAUCUUUCGGGUGGAAAGAGUCAGCCACCAUCGAUUACAGAAUCGCUGCUCUCAGGAGGACGUUGACUCUACCUGGUUAUAAUUUUAAUUUCAACCCAAUUAUUCGUUCUUUAUCUUCCAGGUGAAAAACUUAUAUAAAGCCAAAGGGUUUUCUGGGUUUGCAUAGAGGUUUGGAUGUGAGCUUUCUCUCUUUAAUAACGUUGUCUUUGAUGUUUCAGUUCUCUACUACAGUAAAGUUCAAUCAAUUAAGUCAAUUUCUACUUGUGGGCCAUAUUUUAAUAAGAAAUCAUAUGAUCACGAUAUUAUUUUAUAGAACAAAGAACGUUGCCCGGU